CUUGGUGAGGCUGCCCUGACCGACACGAUUGUGGAAGACGAUGGCGAGGUCGAAUUCGAGGUGGUAGACGCAGGCUCAACGCGGAAAAAGAAUAAGCUGGUUUCUUCAGAUGGAUUUUCCUACUGCAUAAAGACAUAUUUUAUUGCAGAAACAGACGGCCAGCAGCACCCAUUGGCGUUGCAGCGGCGUAGAAAGGGCCAUUUGUGUGACGCGAGCCUGAAUCAGUGUGGAGAUAGCUUCACCCGUGGAACUGCACGUAACCAUCUGGCGGAUUCACUGAUGAAGAAGCGCGUCAUAAUGAAGAUAUUGAUAUCAAAAUAUUUUCUAUUAUCAGACGGGAAGCUGUCAGAGAUAUUCAUGCACCUGCCGGAUGAGUCGUCGACGACAAGAUGGUUAAGGCGUUCGGCCGAGAUGACUUUAAUCUGCCACGCCCUCGGACUUGGUCAGACAGUUGAACUGCGCCCGAGAGAAACUCAGACCACAAGAACCCACUUCACUUGAUUUUGAGUUCAACGCCGACUACCUUGGUGAGAAGUUCCUUGUAGGAGAUGUUCGUGUUGGAGACAAGCGCCACAUGAUGUUUGCAACGGCCGACCAGCUAUGUUUACUUCAGAGGACCCGUACAUUGUACCUGGACGGAACAUUUCGUGUGGUCAACAAGCCAUUUACACAGUUGUGGUCCAUCCAUGCUUUCCUUCGACAAGGUGCCACAAAGCAUGUCCCCCUUUUGUGCGUGUUAAUGUCACGUAGGAGAAAGAACGAUUAUGAAGCUGUAGGUAGAUACAAACAUAGUUUAUUACAAUGUCUUUGUUAAGUCACUGUUUGUACGUUGCCUUAUAACAUUCUCUUCUAUUUAACAAGUCCUGAGGAAAAUCGUUGAACUCAUGGAUGUGGUGCCAGUUGUAGAAGCAUUCGCGAUGGACAUUGAAGCAGGGUUAUGGCAGGCUUUUCAAGAGGUGUUUCCCCGGUCGAAACUUCAUGGCUGUGGGUUUCAUUGGGCACAAGUGAUCCAGCGACGAGUCCAGGCAGUCUGGUUGCAUGCAACGUAUGAGCGACGGGAAGGUGAUCAUCAGUAUGUUAGGAAGGUCCUGGCCCUCCCUUUCCUGGCGCUUGGAGAUAUUCCACGGGCUUUUCGGAAGCUUAAGGACUGCUCGGAUGGCAGUUCUGAGCAGCUCCGGGAGCUGUUUCAUUAUGUGAGCGACCAGUGGAUAGAUAAUUCAAUGUGGUCACCUGACGAGUGGUCCGUGUACCGAAAAAACGUCAGGACAAACAACGAUACUGAAGAUGGCACCUACGCAUGAAUGCACGGGCGGGGAGGGGUAAACUGAAAUUCUACAUCUUGCUGGGACUACGUCAAAGGAGGCAAAGCUAGUACCACUGCAGCCCCAGCUGGUGGGAGAGGGGGUAGGGAGAAAUAGGCGAGAGGUGUAUUCGGAUAUGGAUACGCCCAUAAAUAAGCUGUGGGAAAAGUAUGAUGCGCAUGACAUCUUGUGCGAGGACUUCCUGAGGGAGAUCGGGGAAAUUUAUGGGUAGUCUGUGACCAAAAAAAUGAACAGGAGUUUUGAGAUAUUCAGUGCAAAUAUGUAAUGAAGUUUUGUAUUUCAAUGUAUUCCAAGAAUUGAUUUUUUAUAGUUUGUAUAUAUUAUGUAUUUAUUAUGUAUUUUAUUAGAACUGUUUCGUUUUAUCUUUAUUCUUAAUAUUUGCUUGAUUUUGAAAAUAAAUUAAACAAG